AUGGAAAUAAAAGAAAAGAAUAAUAAACAGGAAGGAACGAUUAUAUUUCAUCGAGAUACAAUGAAUGAAUUGUUUAUAUCAGAAAACAAGUAUUUAUUAUUUUGUAUAAAAUUACAUCCAAUGGUACGAUUUAUUUUAUUUAUUAUAACAUUUUUAAUAGGACUAACGAUAUUGUUAUUAACACUUCCAUUAACUGGAUUAUAUGUUGAACAACCAAUAAUAUUAGGGAUUGUAUAUAUUGUUUCUAAAAUAUUAUUAUAUAUUUCAUUAGUUUUUAUUGCAUCACCGUGGAAACAACUAAUAUUAAUUUGUAGACCAGUAAGAUUUAGUACAUUAGCAUUUUGUAUUAUAGGGAUUGUAGGGAUAUGGUUAAGUAUAUUUCAUAUCACAAAUAGUUUAUUAAUAUUAAUUUUAUCUAUUCUUUUACAAGCGUUAUGUUUUACAUUAUAUUGUCUUUCAUAUUUAUCAUUUACUCAUAAUAUAUUAUUUGAUUGUAUUAAACGACCUAAAAUCAGUUUAUUAACAAAUCAUUUAAACAAAAGAAGUUCAAGUGAAUUACCAGAAAUAAAUUCAACUUCAGUAGAUAUGUCAAAUUCAAUUCAAAUUGAUUUUAGUGUUGAAAAAGAAAAAAUAAUGAGUAUUGAUAAAAGAUGGUGGAAAGAAGGUGUUGUUUAUCAAAUUUAUUGUAAAAGUUUUAAAGAUACAACUGGUGAUGGAUAUGGUGAUAUUAAAGGAAUUAUAGAAAAAAUACCAUAUCUUAAAGAAUUAGGAAUAAGUAUUGUUUGGUUAAAUCCAAUUUAUAGUACAAGUGAUGCAGAUAAUGGAUAUGACAUUAAAGAUUAUCAAGAAAUUAAUUCAAGAUUUGGAACAAUGAAAGAUUUUGAAGAAUUACUUUUUAAAAUGCAUGAAGCAGGAAUUAAAGUUGUUAUGGACCUUGUUGUUAAUCAUUCAAGUAAUCAACAUCAAUGGUUUAUUGAAUCAAAAAAAGGAAAUAAUGAAAAAAAAGAAUGGUAUAUAUGGUCAAAAAAUCCAAAUAAUUGGAGAAGUUUUUUUAGUGGAAGUGCAUGGAAAUACGAUGAAGAACGUAAAGAGUAUUAUCUUCAUUUAUUUCUUGAAGAACAACCAGAUUUAAAUUGGGAAAAUAUUGAAGUAAGACAAUGUAUUUAUAAAAUGAUGAGAUGGUGGUUUGAUAAAGGAAUUGAUGGAUUUAGAAUGGAUGUAAUUAAUUUAAUAUCUAAAGUAAAAGGAUUUCCUAAUGACUCACCUAUUGGAUUAGAUGGAUUAGCAAGUGGAUUUCGUUAUUUUGCUAAUGGACCAAGAGUUCAUGAAUUUUUAAAUGAAAUGAAUAGAGAAGUAUUAAGUCAUUAUGAUUGUUUAACAGUUGGUGAAACACCUGGUGUUACACCAGAACAAGCUCAAAAAUAUGUAGGAAAAGAACGUCAUGAACUUGAAAUGUUAUUUCAAUUUGAACAUGUUAAUAUAGGAUAUAAAAACGGUGAUAAAUGGAUUAGUGUUCCAUGGAAAUUAACUGAAUUAAAACAAAAUAUUGAAAAAUGGCAAAUUACACUUCAUAAUUGUGGAUGGAAUUCAUUAUAUUUUAAUAAUCAUGAUCAACCAAGACAAGUAAGUAGAUGGGGAAAUGAUACAAAAUAUAGAAUUGAAAGUGCUAAAAUGCUUGCUACUUUACUUCAUACAUUAGAAGGAACACCAUAUAUUUAUCAAGGAGAAGAAUUAGGAAUGACAAAUGUUUAUUUUGAUAAAUUAGAUGAUUACAAAGAUUGUGAAAUCUUUGGAAAAUGGAAAGAAAUAACUCAAACACAUGAAAUGACUUUAGAUCAAUUCUUAAAAAGAGUUUCUGAAGUUGGAAGAGAUAAUGCUAGAACUCCAAUGCAAUGGGAUAAUUCUGAAAAUGCUGGAUUUACUUCAGGAAAUCCUUGGAUUAAAAUAAAUCCAAAUUAUAAAACAAUUAAUGCUAAAGAAGCAAUACAAAAUCCUAAUAGUAUUUUUAAUUAUUAUAAAAAAUUAUUACAACUCAGAAAAGAAAAUCCUAUUAUGCCUUAUGGUGAGGUUCAAAUGAUUUUAAAAGAUAAUGAACAUAUUUUUGCAUAUAUUAAAACAUUGGAUCAAAUAAAAUGGAUUAUUAUUCUUAAUUUUUUUGAAACUCCUAUAAAAUUUAUACUUCCUAGUGAUAUUCAAAUUCAAAAUAACCAUUUAAUAAUUUCUAAUUAUCAAGUUAAUGAAUAUGAAUCAAUUAAUCAAUUUUUAUUACGACCUUAUGAAGCAAGAGUUUAUCAAUUUAAUUGA